AUAUCCCACGUUAAAAGACGACCUCAAAGUCAGCCUCGCGUCACGUGACCCCCUCGCACAGCUGAGGCUGCUGAGACUUCUGAGGCUUGCCUGAUGCUAGCUCGUUAGCUACGCUAGCUUUGUCUGGAAACCGUCGGCGAGACCUCCGCUUCCCUUGAUACGUUUUUAACGAUAACCGUUUAGGAGGGGAAACCUUCGACGAACCAUGGCGGCGUUGCAAUGUGUGUGCUCGGCUCUCGAGUUGCCUCUCAUUUACCGCUUUUGGUUCGAUGUCAAUGUCAUCUUUUGCGGCUAAGGCUGAGCAGUUAGCUUCCCGUCGUAUGCUGUUUUGCUUCCCCACGGAAGCCAAGGCCGAGCGACGAAGGGGGGCGACUGGAGGGUGGACGGAGGCCGAGAACUGGGUUUUGAACCUUCUCAGAUCUUCUUGAGAACUUGCCUGUGCUGUCGUCUUGCUCCCCGUCAUCCCCAGCUGAGCCAUGUCUUCGUCAGGGUGCUGCCACCUCCCUGGCUCCCUAUGUGAUUACUCGGGGAACACGGAAUCCGACUCCUCCAAGGAUUCCGAAGAGUCUGAUUCCACUGCACAGGCUCAGUACAUUGCCAAGGUUACGGCUAAAGACGGCCGCCCACUCUCCACCAUUGUUAAAGCUGUGAGCCUACAAAGUGAUGUAGGAAUGUGUCGGAUUUGCCACGAGGGAGGCGGAGGGGAGACGCUGCUCUCGCCGUGCGAAUGCACUGGCACACUCGGGAAAGUGCACAAGAGCUGCUUGGAGAAGUGGCUGUCGUCCUCCAACACCAGUUACUGUGAACUGUGCCACACAGAGUUCACCAUUGAGCGGAGGCCACAACCCCUCACACAGUGGCUGAAGGAUCCAGGCCCCCGAAGCGAAAAGCGCACGCUAUUGUGCGACAUGGCCUGCUUUCUGCUCAUCACACCGCUGGCAGCGAUCUCGGGGUGGCUGUGUCUGAGGGGAGCCCAGGACCACCUGCAGCUCAAGAGCAGACUGGAGGCCGUCGGUCUCAUCGCGCUAACCAUCGCUCUAUUCACCAUCUACAUCCUCUGGACACUGGUUUCAUUUCGUUACCAUUGUCAGCUGUACUCGGAGUGGAGGAGGACCAAUCAGAAAGUGCGUCUGCUCAUGCCUGACAUGAAAGGCAUACUCGCCACCCAAAGUUCUGUGCCGACCAAGUCGACAAAGAAAAUGACUGAUGAGACCAUCGUAUGAGUGUGGCUCGAAGGCAAGGGGAAUAUUUAAAAUCAAGCCAGCCGAAGCACUCUGGGAGUUAAAGAAAAAAAAUCCACACACACAAAAAAAAUCUUGUUAAAGAACCUUUGCACUUCAUAUGGACCAUCAUGAGAGGGGGAAGACUAUUUUUCUCCCAUUUUUGUCUUUGUAUUGAAGCACUUGAUGUAAACUACAGUAUUGGCGAGCCACAAAUGUGGUUUGAGGAUGAACUCGUGCCAGAGUCACGAUUGAUUUGGGUAACGUCUUGUCUGGACCGCUGGUGCUGAGUUGUCAAUGUCAGAAAAACAAAUGAAGAUGGACUAACCAGCCCGGUUAAGUCUCUUGACAAAGGUAUGAAAUAUUAAGACGUAAGCUAAUGUAGCAGGAUAUAACUGACAGCAUGCUACGACAGUAUAAUAUGAAACAUAUUCACUACCUACGGUUCCUCACGCACACCAUCACAAUCUAUUUAGCGGUUAUUAAGAUGGGCAAUCUUCACCUUGGCAAAUGAUGCUACCACCCUGACUUUUCAGUUGGGUUCAUUUACAGUAUGUUGAGUUUGAAACUAUUAGUCGCUAAUCUAUGCCCUGUAUCACAGACUUUUGCAGAAUGAGAGGAGGGAUCAUCCCGCCAAUUGUAUUUUUAUUCCCCAGUUGAACCUUUUUUCCAGUGUGCAUUAAUUCUUGCUAUGUAUUUAAAAAAAAAAAAAAAAGGAAAAAAUGGGACAGUAAAGCCGUUAGCACUUGAAUGUUGCCAAUUAGUAAGAAUUUGAAACUAAAACAAUGGGGGGGAAAACUUACCCAUUCUUGGAAGCAAGUUUUAAGAUGGGGAAACAAGUGUAUUGAGAAAAUACAUUUUGAGACAAAUAGUGCCGUCUGUGGCAUUGGGUGCAGCGAGCACCCUUGUUAGAAUUUUUUGAAAAGCCCCUCAUCUGCUUUAUGGCUUUUAAACAUUUCAGAAAUGUUCAUUUGUGUGACGACCCUCACCCUGUUUUCUAUCAAAUUGUGAUCACAAUCACCUUUUUUCUCCUCUCUCUCUCACACACAUAUAUAAAUAUGUCGUUUUCAUUUGUUACUAAUUGUACUAUUUGUCAUGAAGCUUCCCAUCUCCAUUUAUUUUGCACAUUACAAACCAUAGGUCUGUAGUGGGGGUUCACGCAAGCCAAGUUGAGUUAAAAGUAAUGUUAGCUUUUUAAAAAUUGUUUCACAUCUUGUGUACAAUUUUUCAGAUUUGGGAGUCGAAAUGAGUAUUUAUGAAUAUUCUUGUGAAGUGGGGCAACAAUCUUACACCCCCAAGAGUCAAUCAUAGCAUUAGAUGCAAACUGCGCACAUGAAACAAUGGUGCAGCAAGUGUGCAUACUUUGUGGACUUGAAACUUGCCAUCAAAAAAGAAACCCCGUUUGUCUUGCCUCACUUGUAAAGCACCAUAUGUGAAUUGAGAAUGACUAGUAGAAAUAUCCCAUUUCAAAACAAAUAUGGACAAACUAAUGUGUUGACGCUUGCAGAUAUUGUGUAAGGGCGCCACAGUAAUUGUCAAGUUUUUGGGCAAGUGAGUAUUUUGUGUCAACCUGCUGCAUCCUUGGAAAUUUGGUUUCUUGUGCAAUAAAGCUUGAGGGACUCCCAAACUCAUUGUGAAAUGUAGGCUUACCUUGAA